AUGACGGCUCAACAGCCCUCGCUCAGCACGCCGGGAGGCAUCUCGGAUCCUGCCCUUAUCACACUCGUCAACAAGCUGCAGGAUGUCUUCGCGACCGUCGGUGUCACAAACCCCAUCGACCUGCCGCAGAUCGCCGUUGUGGGCAGCCAGUCGAGCGGAAAGAGUUCGGUGCUGGAGAAUAUUGUAGGGAGGGACUUCCUGCCUCGAGGCUCCGGCAUCGUGACGCGACGUCCGCUCGUGCUCCAGCUACACAACCGGCCAGCCGGCACCAACCAAGCAAAUGGCGCCGAGGAGAUGCCCACGGGGGCCGAUAAGCAUGCCAACCCGGACGAAUGGGGCGAGUUCCUCCACAUCCCGGGCCAGAAGUUCUACGACUUCAACAAGAUCCGGGACGAGAUCACGCGGGAGACGGAGGCCAAGGUCGGCCGCAACGCCGGAAUCUCGCCCGCGCCCAUCAACCUGCGCAUAUACUCGCCCAAUGUCCUGACCCUGACCCUCGUCGAUCUGCCCGGGCUCACCAAGGUGCCCGUCGGCGACCAGCCGAGGGACAUCGAGAAGCAGAUCCGGGACAUGGUCAACAAGUACAUCUCCAAGCCAAACGCCAUCGUCCUGGCCGUGACCCCGGCCAACAGCGAUCUCGCCAACUCGGACGGCCUGAAGCUCGCGCGCGAGGUGGACCCCGAGGGCCAGAGGACCAUUGGCGUGCUGACCAAGGUCGACCUCAUGGACGAGGGCACCGACGUGGUGGACAUCCUGGCGGGCCGCAUCAUCCCGCUGCGGCUGGGGUACGUGCCCGUGGUGAACCGCGGCCAGCGCGACAUCGACAACCGGAAGCCCAUCGCGGCGGCGCUCGAGAACGAGAAGAACUUCUUCGACAACCACAAGGCGUACCGGAACAAGAGCUCGUACUGCGGCACGCCGUACCUGGCCCGCAAGCUCAACCUGAUCCUAAUGAUGCACAUCAAGCAGACGCUGCCCGACAUCAAGGCGCGCAUCUCCAGCUCGUUGCAAAAAUACACGGCCGAGCUCGAGAGCCUGGGCCCGUCCAUUCUGGGCGACAGUACCAACAUCAUCCUGAACGUCAUCAACGAGUUCACCAAGGAGUGGCACGGCGUGCUGGACGGCAACAACAACGAGAUCUCGGGCGUCGAGCUGUCGGGCGGUGCCAGGAUCAGCUUUGUGUUCCACGAGCUGUACUCCAACGGCGUCAAGGCCAUCGACCCCUUUGACGUGGUCAAGGACCAGGAGAUCCGGACGUUUAUCUACAACUCGUCGGGCCCGUCGCCCGCCCUGUUUGUGGGCACCCAGGCCUUCGAGACGAUUGUGAAGAAGCAGAUCACGCGCCUGGAGGAGCCCGGCCUCAAGUGCAUAUCCCUCGUGUACGACGAGCUGGUGCGCAUCCUGUCGCAGCUGCUCGCCAAGGCGCUCUACAGGCGCUACCCGGGACUCAAGGAGAAGUUCCACCAGGUUGUGGUCGCCUUCUUCAAGACGGCCAUGGAGCCGACGGUCAAGCUGGUCAAGGACCUGGUGGCCAUGGAGGUCUGCUACAUCAACACGGGCCACCCCGACUUCCUGAACGGCCACCGCGCCAUGGCCAUCGUGACGGAGCGGCUCAACCCCAAGCCCGUGACGCAAGUCGACCCCAAGACGGGCAAGCCCAUCGCGGGCACGCCCGCGCGGGCGGCCAGCCCGGGCGUCCCCGACGCCAACCUGGAGGGCAACAGCGGCUUCUUUGGCAGCUUCUUUGCCGCCAAGAACAAGAAGAAGGCGGCCGCCAUGGAGCCGCCACCGGCGUCGCUCAAGGCGUCGGGCACGCUGUCUGACCGCGAGGUCAUGGAGGUCGAAGUUAUCAAACUCCUUAUUUCGUCUUAUUUCAACAUUGUGAAGCGGACCAUGAUUGACAUGGUCCCCAAGGCCAUUAUGCUUAACCUUGUCCAGUUUACCCGCGAUCAUAUGCACGGAGAAUUGCUCUCCAACAUGUACAAGAACGAGCAGGCGGACGAACUUCUUAAGGAGAGCGACUACACGGUCCGCAGGAGGAAAGAAUGCCAACAGAUGGUCGAGUCGCUCUCGCGGGCGCAGGAGAUUGUGGGUCAGGUGCAGUAG